CAUGUCUUGCACUCUGGCUUACAGCUUUCUCUGUCGAGCGUUGGUGUAGUAACGUAAACUUAUGAGAAUAGGUUAUCUUGCGAAGAGAUACAGUUUUUUUCCACUAUCAUAAAUGUUUGGAUAAUUUAAACAAAAAAACGACUUACAGUACCACGUACUUUUAAGUGCAAAAAACUUUAAUAUAACUUAAUGAAAAUAACGUGCUACAUAUGCAAACAUGGAUAAUGAGCCAUGUACAAAGAAGUCAAGACUCAAGGAUUGCACUGUGAGCGAGGGAAAGGCAGAAAUAUUGGUCACUGAUAAUAACGUAUUUUAUAAUCCAGUUCAAGAAUUCAACAGGGACCUCAGUAUAGCGGUACUGACGAUAUUUGCAAAGGACAGAUUGAAGGAUAAAGAAGCUCCGCAGGAGAACAAGUUCGAGAAAGAUGAUAAAGUCGAUGCACCAGGUGCCAUGACAGAAGAUUGCCCAAAGGGAAUUACCAUACUGGAAGCUCUGUCUGCGACCGGUUUGCGUAGCAUUCGAUACGCCAAGGAGGUAGAGGGUGUUCGGCAGAUCGUCGCGAACGACAUCUCCGCGAAGGCGGUGGACAGCAUCAAGCGAAACGUUUCGCAUAACGGGGUUGAGAGUCUAGUGAUUCCCCAUCAUGAGGACGCGACAUUGCUCAUGUACCAACGCAGGCGAGACCGCUUCGACGCGGUCGACUUGGACCCGUACGGCUGCGCCUCGGCGUAUCUGGACGGCGCGGUGCAGUGCGUGGUCGACGGCGGCGUGCUUCUGGUUACUGCCACCGACAUGGCCGUCCUGGUUGGCAACGUGCCAGAAACCUGCUACUACAAGUACGGCGCGAUACCCGUGAAGUCGAAAUCCUGUCACGAGAUCGCGUUGAGGAUACUGCUGCAGUGCAUCGCAUCCUACGCGGGACGCUACGGACGCUACAUAGUACCAUUGCUGUCUGUAAGCGUUGAUUUUUACGUCAGAGUAUUCGUCCAAGUCUUCACGAGCCACAUUAAGUGCAAAGAGAACUCCAGCAAGAUAGGAAUGUUUUAUCAGUGCAACGGAUGCGAGAGUAUAAGCUUGCAACCGUUGGUGACGAGGAAGGCCACCAAGGGUUACAAAUUGCCGUGUGCGCCCGCGACGGAUCAACUAUGCAAGCAUUGUCAUCACCGGCAGCACAUGGGCGGCCCGAUAUGGCUGGGUCCCUUGCAUGAUCAAGGAUUCGUGUCGCGAUUGCUGUGCAACUUGAACGGUAUGGAGUUGAAUACGAUGAAGAGAUUGGAGGGCGUCCUGACCGUGAUACACGAGGAAUUGGACGUCCCUUUGUAUUACAAUCUAGAUCGCUUGAUGUCUAUAGUCAGAUGCCACGUUCCACCGAUGAUGAUGUUCAGAUCGGCAUUGCUGAACGCGGGUUACAAGGUGUCGUACUCGCAUGCGAGCAAGAUCUCCAUCAAGACGGACGCGCCGAACGACAUUAUUUGGGAUAUUGUGCGCACCUGGGAGAAGAAGCAUCCCGUGAAACGGGAGAAGCUGACCGAGGAUAGUCCGACCAUGCGAAUACUCAACGCAACGUCGACGACGGAUAUCUCGCUCGCUCUGCACCCUCUCGCCAAUCCGAUUUCCCGACAAAAGCAUUUGUCUCGCUUCCAGCAGAAUCCCACUGUCAACUGGGGACCUGGCGUCCGUUCGAGAACCAGGGUCGACCUCGAAAAUGCAGCGGCAAAUUCGAAGAAAGUUAGAAAUCAAAAUAAACAUAAUAAGAAAAAAUCCGCGAUGGUAGAACAGCAAAUAGACAGACAAGAAACAUGAACAUAGGAAGCACUCCGUGAUAUGUAUAAUAUUCAAUAUAUUUUAAUACCUUGAACAGCUAUUCUGGAUUAACAAAUUGAAGGUAAAGACGUUGCAACGAAUAAGUUUUUUAUAAGAUUACUUAUAUUUUGACAACUAUAGAAAAGAAUAAUUUUUUGACAGAGAUAUGCGAGUCACGUUCUUGUAUAUUUGUACGUUACUAUAUCUUGUUAUCUAAGAACACAAGAAACUUUCGUGUUGUUGAAAAAAAUAAUAUCUUAUAAUAAAAUAUUUUUUUACAAAUUCUUUUUUUCAUUUUGUCUAUCUUCACAUAGUUAUUUUAUAUCUGUUGUAACAUCCUUACAAAAUCAAAGGCUAUGUGAGAAGUAUUAGAUAUACCCGAGUAGAAUUUUUGAUUACAUGAUAUGUUACAUGUAUAAGUUAAACGAUUGUGCAAUAUGAUAAUUCAUACUAAAAUGAUUUUAAUGUUUUUCUGAGAUUAGAUAUUGCGUUCGUUAGUAUUUGUCAUUUUCUCAAUCUGAAUCAGUGAAAUCUUACUAAAACCUUACUUUACUGUUCUAUAUUUAUAAUAAUCAGACUAUUAACUGUCUUUCAGUAAUUCUGAUUAAGAAAUGAAUACUUUCACUGAGUGUACUAGCUAUCACUGAAAGAAGAUUGUGUACUUUCAUGUCUUACAUGUGCUUUCGCCGCUAUAUUGUUUUACUGUAUUUGGGCCUAAUUUUGAUUGGCCGAUUCAUGAACGACUAUGCAUCUUCAGGAAUGUUUCAUCUUUCUUCUUACACCAUGAUAUCAAAUACGUCAACGUGUUUGUCAAUGCGUCAACACGUGGCAAAACAAUUUUUCGAUACUAAAAGCAAAGAGAAGGCUAAUUUUUCGUCGAUAGAUGGAUAAGACAGCAUUUUCUCGUACUUAAAUAAGGCUGACUAAUAAUAUUUCUACUGAUUCAUUCUUGCAUACGCAAAUUGAGUAUUGCUUAUACGUACAUUUUUAGAAAGGGAUGUUUUAGACAAAAGAGCCUUAGACAAAAAAAAAAA